AUGGGGUUGCACCAGGGAUCGGCUCUUUGCCUAUUUUUAUUUGCCUUGGCAAUGGAUGUAUUGUCGCGACACAUCCAAGGGGAGAUGCCUUGGUGCAUUCUAUUUGCCGAUGAUAUAGUGUUGAUUGACGAGACGCAUAGCGGAGUUAAUGCGAGGAUGGAGGUUUUGAGACAGACCUUGAAGUCUAGAGGUUUCAAACUGAGUAGAACCAAGACAGAAUACUUGGAGUGCAAAUUUAGUGACGGGACCCAUGAUGCAGAUGUAGAGGUUAAGCUUGAUGCUCAAGUUAUCCCCAAGAUAACGAGUUUUAAGUAUCUCGGGUCUAUUAUCCAGGGUAACAGGGAUAUUGACAAAGAUGUCGCACAUCGCAUCGGAGCAGGAUAG